AUGGAGCAAUUUCGAAAGAUCGGGGAGGAUAUGGGAAGUUUAAAGGCCUUAAUGGUGUUCCAAGACAACAUCCAAAUCAAUCAGCGGCAGUGCCUUCUGCUGCUCGAUAUCUUCAGCUCAGCGUACGAAUCAAUUGCGGAGGAGAUGAAACAUAAUCUUCGGUUUGAUGAGAAGCACAUGAAAUGGAGGGUUCUCGAGCAGCCGCUGAGAGAGCUCCACAGGAUAUUCAAAGAAGCAGAAGCUUACAUUCGACAAUGCUUGGAAACCAAGGAUUGGUGGGCUAAGGCCAUCACUCUCUAUCAGAACUCCGAUUGCGUUGAGUUUCACAUCCAUAACCUACUUGCCUGCAUGCCAAUCGUCAUUGAAGCGAUUGACAUUGCUGGAGAAGUUUCAGGGUGGGAUCAGGAUGAGAUACAGAGGAAGAAAACCGUGUUUGCGGAUAAGUACAAAGAAGACUACAGAGAUUGGAAACUUUUCAAGUGGAGGUUUGGGAGGCAGUAUUUGAUUACUCAAGACUUCUGCAAUAGGUUUGAAUCAGCAAGCAAAGAAGAUAGAUGGACUCUUCAGCAUAAAAUCCGCGAAAAGAAACUUUCGGGUUCAACAAAGUACGGGAAACGCCUCAUAGAUCUCCUUUUCAAAAGCAUAGACGGAUCAGAGACACAGAAUUUGAAUGGGAAGCUCCUACCUAGUUCAAUCCUGGUAGGGUCUAAGGACUACCAGGUGAGGCGGCGACUUGGGGGUGGAAGUCAGUAUAAGGAGAUCCUAUGGUUGGGUGAAAGCUUUGCCUCAAGACAUGUAAUUGGAGAAGUAGAAACCUUGUUGCCAGAAAUUUCUUCGUUGUCAUCGCUUUCCCACCCGAACAUAGUGCACUUCCUUUGUGGGUUUACGGAUGAGGAAAAGAAAGAGUGUUUUCUCAUUAUGGAACUCAUGAGUAAAGACCUCUGCAGCUACAUCAAAGAGAUUUGUGGCCCGCGAAAACGUCUUCCAUUUUCUCUUCCUGUUGCUAUUGAUCUGAUGCUUCAAAUUGCAAGAGGAAUGGAAUAUCUCCACUCGAAGAAAAUCUACCACGGAGAUUUAAAUCCUAGUAAUAUACUUGUCAAAACACGAGGCAUCUCCACAGAAGGUUACUUACAAACCAAGGUUUCAGGUUUCGGUUUAACUUCUGUCAAAAGCCCCACACAGAAAAACACUUCAAAUCAGAAUGGGAGCCUACCUUUAAUCUGGUAUGCGCCGGAAGUUCUGGAAGAGCAAGAACAAGGAAAAAGUACUGAGAAAAAGUACUCAGAAAAGUCCGAUGUGUAUAGCUUCGGGAUGGUUUGCUUUGAGCUUCUGACAGGGAAAGUGCCCUUUGAGGACAGUCAUCUCCAAGGGGACAAGAUGAGCCGAAACAUAAGGGCGGGGGAGAGGCCACUGUUCCCAUUCUACUCUCUUAGAUAUGUGACCAACCUCACAAAGAAAUGUUGGCAUAGUGAUCCAUACCAACGGCCAAGCUUCUCGUCCAUUUGCAGGAUUCUUCGCUAUAUCAAACGGUUCCUUGCAAUGAAUCCUGAUUACAACAGCCAGCUAGACCCACCGGUUCCUAUGGUUGAUUACUGUGAGAUUGAGUCGGGGCUUCUGAAAAAGAUUCCUUCUUGGGGGACUUCUGAACCAUCACCAAUAUCACAAAUCCCAUUCCAAAUGUUCGUUUAUAGGAUCGCAGAGAGAGAAAGAACGUCUUCAAGCCUGAAGGAUACUUCAGAAUCGGGAAGUGACGGAGCUUCAAUCUGUGGGGAUGAAAUUGUGGUCCCUGCAGAUGAUUCGUUCCCAUCAACACCUGAAAGGAAGAGUUUCUCUUCGCCUGAUAGCGUGAAAAAGAAACUUCCAUUCUUGAAGAAAUCAUCAGAUGUGAAAGCCAACAGACUAUCAGGAACACCAAGAGGAAGGUCCAGACCUCCACAGAUGACCCCUUGUGGCCGCAGUGUUAGUCUGAGAUUAGGUUCAGAAAGCCAGCUGAUGGAAAUGAGUCCAAGAAUACGGAGAACUAAAUCCGGACAUGUCUCAGAUUCUGAGCUCUCCUAGACCUUGACAUGUCACACAUUGUGUCAACAAUUUAUCAAAGCUUCCAUCUAAUUUUCAGUCUGUGGAUUUCUCAGACGAACAUAAGAGAAGCACUGUUCAAGAUAGGAACAGUUUGGCUUGGUCCCGAGAAGUAAAAUGUGCUCAAGAACACAAAUAUCUCUGCUGACGAAAACUCAAAUGUACAGAAAGAACUCUAUACCAGGAGAGAGACGGAGGAAGAAGAAAUUGUUUAAGUCCUGAAAGUAAAGGGCAAGAUUUGCAAGAGCAUUGGGAUUUCAUUUCACAGUCAGAACAAGAUAUACAUACACCAUGAAUGGGCAGAAACUCAGAGAUCCUUCGCGAUAUCUUUACAAAGAGUCGGGUACAAACUUACAAGUUCGAGUCAUAUAGAGCUUACCUUUAGUACAUUACAUAUAAAAUGUGGUAGACCCUUCCAAUCAUG